UUGCUGCAUCCACUCAUAACGAACGUGGCGUCCAACGAAGGCAACAGCAGCGCCGCGGGCAGUGGCGCGGAGUCGGCCGCCCUGUUCUCCAAAUUGCGUAGCUUCUCCAUUGGCAGCGGGCCCAACUCGCCGCAGCGUGUUGUCUCCAAUUUGCGCGGGUUUCUUACCCACCGCCUCAGCAAUAUCACACCUAGCGAUACAGGAUGGCGAGACUCGAUUCUGUCGAUACCGAAGAAGUGGCUAUCCACGGCCGAGUCUGUAGACGAAUUUGGAUUCCCUGACACUCUACCAAAGGUACCUGUCCCACCGCUAGAGCAAACGAUGGCCGACUAUGUGCUGGCUCUGGAGCCCAUCACGACGCCAGCGCAGCUGGAGCGGACCAAGGGCAUCAUCAAGCAGUUCUCGGCGCCACAGGGGCUGGGACCGCGACUGCAUCAGUACCUGUUGGACAAGCGCGAAGCCGAGGAUAAUUGGGCCUACUAUUACUGGCUCAACGACAUGUACAUGAAUGUCCGCAUCCCCUUGCCGAUUAACUCGAAUCCUGGCAUGGUCUUUCCGCCCCGUCGCUUCCGCACCGUCCACGAUGUCGCCCACUUUGCAGCCCGUCUGCUCGAUGGCAUUGUCGCCCACAAGGAGAUGCUGGACAGCGGCGAGCUACCGCUGGAGCGCACCGCGUCUCGUGAGAAGAAUCAGCCGCUCUGCAUGGCCCAAUACUAUCGUCUACUGGGCUCCUGUCGUCGUCCGGGCGUGGAGCGUGACUCGCAGUACUUGACGCCCCGUGAGAAACCCAUUGACAGCGAUGAGGAUCGCCAUGUGGUCGUCAUCUGUCGCAACCAGAUGUAUUGCGUUGUGCUGCAGGCCAACGAUCGUGGCAAGCUGUCGGAGAGCGAGAUUGCUUCGCAGAUCCUUUACGUGCUCAGCGAUGCUCCCUGUCAGGCCGGCAAGCCGGCGCCCAUUGGACUUCUCACUGCAGAGCCGCGCACUCGUUGGGCUCAGGAUCGUGAGGCCCUGCAGCUGGAUGAACGCAAUCAACGCAAUCUGGAGCUGAUUGAGACGGCGCUGCUUGUGCUCUGUCUCGACGAGCCGCUGGGUGUAAAUUUCAAUGCACGCGGCUUCAGCGGUGCCACGCCCACUGUGCACACUGCCGGCGAACGCGACGAGACCAACAUGGCACACGAGAUGAUCCAUGGAGGCGGCAGCGAGUUCAACUCCGGCAAUCGCUGGUUCGACAAGACAAUGCAGCUCAUCAUCUGCACAGAUGGCACUUGGGGUCUUUGCUACGAGCACUCCACAUCCGAGGGCAUUGCUGUGGUGCAGUUGCUCGAGAAGAUCUACAAGAAGAUCUUGGAUCAUCCGGCCGAUGACAACGGCAUGCCACAGCAUCACUUGCCACCGCCCGAGCGCCUCGAGUGGCAUGUGAAUGCCCAGGUGCAGCAACGUUUCACUCAGGCGGCCAUCACAGUGGACAAGGCCAUCGAUAAUCUGGACUUUUAUGUGUAUCGCUACAAGGGAUAUGGCAAGAACUUUAUCAAAUCCUGCCAGGUCAGCCCGGAUGUCUACAUACAGCUGUCCCUGCAGCUGGCCCACUUCAAACUCUAUGGUCAUCUGGUGGCCACUUACGAGAGUGCUUCCACCAGGCGCUUCCUACACGGUCGCGUGGACUGCAUACGCGCUGCCAGCUCCGAGGCUUUGGAAUGGGCCAAGGCCAUGUGCCAGGGUGAAGGGGCGAAUGUGCCGCUGGAGAGCGAUCGCGAGGACGACGAGGAGGAUGCUCGCAAAGUCAAAUUUAGCAUUUAUAGCAAGGACCAUCUGCGGGAAUUAUUCCGCUGCGCUGUCGCCCGCCAGACUGAGGUGAUGGUGAAGAAUAUUCUGGGCAAUGGCAUCGAUAUACCGCUGUUGGGUUUGCGCGAAGCUAGCCUGGAGGUCACCGGCGAACUGCACGAACUCUUCACCGACGAAGCGUACAAGAUAUCGCAAUGCUUCCUGUUGUCCACCAGCCAGGUCGCCUGCUCGACGGAUAGCUUCAUGGGUUACGGUCCGGUAACGCCUCGUGGCUAUGGCUGCUCCUACAAUCCACACACGGAUCAGAUUGUAUUCUGCGUGUCGGCAUUCUAUGCAUGCGAGGAUACGAGCGCCUCGCGUUAUGCCAAAUCGCUGCAGGAUUCGCUGGACAUUAUGCGGGAUCUGUUGCAGGAUUAGAGAUGAUUGGAUUCCCAAUAUAACGAAACAUAUCAGUAAACGUACCUUAGCAACUGUUGAUCCUUGAAGAUCCCUGACUAUAUACGACGACUAAACGCGUUGUGUUUGUAAUGUAAAUGUAAACCGUAGUUAACUAGCGUCCACAUGACGUCAUCAGUUUAUUGGAAACUUUCGAGAGUUGUCAGCAAUCAUAUCAAACUAAAUGAGAUUGAUUGUUCGACUGAUGUCAAUCAUACCUAUACAUAAUCAUAUUUGAAAACGAAAAAUGAAAACUAUGCAACUCAUUUGCUUUAAUUCCCCUUCCCUUAACCAAUCGAAGAAAACUUGAACUAAACUAACUGAAUUAACUAACUACUUAGUAGAUGACAAAGAGCAACUCUAGUCAAUUAAAUGUUUUAGAUCAAUUUUAUGCGCAAAAACUGUUAGUGCUGUUAAUUGAAUGUGUUAAUUAUGCAAUAUUAUUAUUAGCCGUGUUAGAGAAGCUUAAGCCUGUUCAACAAGCAGUGUAACCAUCAAUUUGGCCGCCACUGUAGUGCAGCCGCUCAAAAGUAUGCAAUACUAUUUGUUCAAUGUUGUGUUUGAAUUUCCCUCACGAAAUAUACGAAAUGUUAUUACAAAUUUAAAAUAUAUACAUACAUGUAUGUAUAUUAUGCAAAUGCUUGUUACAACUAUCGUUCUGUUGCUGUUUAAUGGAAAAAACUGAUGAAAAUAAAAAAAUUACAAAAAUUAUAUUAUUGUUGAUGGCAAAGAUAUCACAAUGGCUUUUUAGAUGAAUAAAUGUUGAUGUUAAACUAAAUACAAAGAAAAGAAUAAUACUACACUAAAUUGGCAAAUCAUUGUACGUAUUAUAGACUUGAAAAGUAACAAUACAUAUCAAUAAAUUUAUAUACCCUUUACCGAAAAAAAUAAAAAGGUCGAAACAUAUCAAGCAGAACGAAUAUGAAUGAAUAUAUAUUUUACCUAUAUGUUUAUGAAUAUAUUGUACUAAUUGUCGAAAUGUUGUUUUGUAGUAAAGAAAUUACGAGUAUGUUAUACAUCUAUCUACAUAUAUAUUAAUAUAUAUAUAUAUAUAUACUUAUACAUAAAAGAGAACUUCUGAUAUAUGGAAAUGUUAAAGGAAAAAAGUGUCAUAGAGAAUAUUACUUAUGUACCACUUAUAUAAUUGAAUUUAACUAGUUGCUGUGUUCAUUGUUGCUAUAUAUGUACUGUAUUAAAUUCUUAUGUAUUCGUUAAACUGUUAAAUCUUCCCACAAUCCCAAAAAAAACUCCAACUAUGCUGUACAUUGUUUAGUUAAACUUGGUUCAACGUUAAUGCAUGCUAACAAUUGCAAAAACAGACAAGAAAAAUAAAUGAGAACAUUGCAUUGGAAAUCCCCUUGUUUCGCUAUCUUGACCUACGUAAUAUAUGUAUGUAUGUACAUACUCGUAUAUAUACUUCAUUCGUCAGUAUGUAUGCGACGUCUUAGUCAUAGAUACAUAUUUGGUUCCAAGAAUCCAAAUAGACGCAUAUCCAAUAUUAUAUUCAUUCAAACCGUCCACGAUAAGCGCCGAAAGAUAAACCCAACGAUAAUCUUUUCAAUUAAUUAAAAAAAGAAACAAGAAGACAAAUUCAUGGAAAUUGCGUUAGGCAUAAAAGUCACACGUUGACCACAUCGCCACAACAGUCAACGAAAAUCCAUCAACAUGAAAUUCUUCCAAUUGCUGCUGAGCCUCUUCCUGGCUAUCGUGCUCUGCACUAUGCCUUUGAUCAAGGCCCAGGAAAUUCCACCAAUUCCCACAGCGGCUCCAACACCACCCAACGGUGACGCCGGCGCACCAGCUGGACCGGAUGGACCCCCAGCUGCUCCAACUACCAUUGAGUCACCUCAAGUGAGCACAAUCUACCCCAACUAUGCUGGAAAGUAAAUCCCGAAUUCAAUUGAACUUUAAGUUUCAAUUGCCAACAAGAAUUUAAUAAAUUUGCAAAUCAAUUCCA